AUGUCAAAACGUUCACUUAGUGCAAGUAGCAAUCAAGAAGAGGUGGAAGAAAAAGUUAAUAAAAAACAAAAGGCAGAACAAUCAAAUUUGAUCGAUGGAAUUGGUGAAGUCCCUCAACUUGAAACUACCGAAACAGCUUCGGAAUCAGUCAGUUUCGAUUUCGAAACUUUAGAUAUUUCGGAACCUACUAAGAAAGCCAUUAAAGAAAUAGGGUUCACUAGAAUGACGGAAGUUCAAGCAAGAACGAUACCUCCAUUAAUGGCUGGUCGAGAUGUUCUAGGUGCUGCUAAAACAGGCAGUGGCAAGACUUUAGCGUUUUUAAUUCCGGCGAUUGAAAUACUCCACAAAUUAAAGUUUAAACCCAGAAAUGGAACCGGUGUAAUCGUCAUUUCUCCAACAAGAGAGUUGGCUCUUCAAAUUCUUGGAGUUGUAAAAGAAUUGCUUCAAUAUCAUCAACAAACAUUUGGAAUUGUAAUGGGUGGAGCUAAUAGACAAGCUGAAGUUCAAAAAAUAACUAAAGGAGUAAAUUUAUUAAUUGCCACUCCCGGAAGAUUAUUAGAUCAUCUUCAGAACACCAAAGGGUUUGUAUACAAGAAUCUCAAAGCUCUUGUUAUAGAUGAAGCAGAUCGUAUAUUAGAAAUUGGUUUUGAGGAGGAAAUGAAGCAAAUUAUUAAAAUUCUUCCCAAAGAAAAUCGACAAUCAAUGCUCUUCUCCGCUACGCAAACAACUAAAGUUGAAGAUCUUGUACGAAUAUCCUUGAGACAAGGACCAUUAUAUAUUAACGUAGAUGAAAAAAAAGAAACGGCUACAGUGGAUGGACUUGUUCAGGGAUAUGUUGUUUGUGAUAAUGUAGCCGCAAGAGGAUUAGAUAUCCCUGCAGUGGAUUGGAUCAUACAGUACGAUCCGCCAGACGAUCCACGUGAUUAUAUUCAUCGAGUUGGUAGAACCGCUAGGGCAGGUGGUCAAGGAAAAAGCUUAUUAUUUUUAUUACCAAAUGAAUUAGGGUUUUUACGCUACCUUAAACAUGCAAAAGUACCAUUAAAUGAAUAUCAAUUCCCUGCAAAUAAAAUUGCUAAUGUUCAAUCACAGCUUGAAAAGCUUGUUGAAAAAAAUUAUUAUCUUCACGAAUCAGCCCGUGAUGGAUUUAGAUCUUAUUUAAUGUCUUAUACUUCCUAUUCACUUAAAUCGAUAUUUAAUGUGAAUAAUUUAGAUCUUCAGAAAGUCGGUAAAGCAUUUGGUUUUAAAGUACCACCAAAAGUCCAUAUUACUAUAGGUUCGAGUGGAAAAGAUUCAAAAAUUAGCAAACGAGAUAGAAAUGAUAAGGGAUCAAAUAAUCAUUUUGUUAAACAGAGGGGUAAUUCUUUGAAAAAGAACAAUGAUAAACAGUGGAGUAGAUAA